AUGUUCGGCGUUGCAGCACUAUUUUGCCGGCUUGGUCUACGACCCCACUCAGCCUGUGCGCUGUCGACGCAGAUUGUGGCCAAUCUUAUGGGUGUACUUUAUUACGUGGCGUUUAUGAAUAACACUCAUAUCACGAGCUACCCAUCGGAGCCUGUGCUCGCGUUUGGUGCCGCACGGUUGUGGUACGAAAUAGAGGACCAGACUGGUCAGCAGAAGACGACAGCACUGGACAUCCACAAGGCGUGGGUGAACAAGUGGAAAGACCGGAAAAUGAGUUUCAUGUCGACAUACCUGAAAAACAUAGCCGCCUCGUCGUGGUGGGACUUGGAGAAGCGAGUUCUGAGUGAUCUAAAGAGACGCGAUAAGUCCGCAUGCGGCAGACAGAGUUGCAUAUUGUCCCAGCACGAGGUACUGGAGACGCUGGGGCACUCGAUGCCAUCCAAGCGAAUUAUUAGUGCAAAUAAUCGUAAGCGCUCGAUAGCAUCGAAAGAGGGUGCCAAAGCAAAGAAGCGUAAACGUUGA